AUGUCUCGGAAACUUGUGCCUUAUUCAGAUUCGUCAUCUAGUGAUGAAUCUAGUUCAGAAUCAGACGAUGAUGAAAAGUAUAAUUUAAAAAAGCACAGAUUAUCACUUAGUAAAAAGAAAAUAAUACUGACGGGUAGAAAAGAAAGACGUCAAAAAUUAAAAGAGAAACAACAUGAAUCUAGACAAAUGAAGCACAAUGAAAAACGUGAAGAACUUGUCAGUAAUUAUUAUAAUAUCAAAGAAAGGAUGGAAAGGAAAUCAAGAAAAUUUAAAACUCAAAGUAAAGUGUAUGAUGUGACUUUCAGAAGCUAUGAUAAACCUUUUGAAUUUACGCAUGAUUUAUUUAAUAGCAUGGUGCAUGAAAUGAAAGACCGUUGCAAUGCUAUGCCUCGGGACAAGGUUCGAAUUUCUAUAACACAUCCUAAAUUAAAUUUAGGUAUACACGUCCCGUUUGAUGAUGUUAGUAAUGUGACAGGUGAAACACUGUUAAAUGAAAUUGAACGAGUUGUACAGAGUAAUGAGGAAUUUAAAAUUCAUGAUGGACAAAUGCAAGCUGAAAUUACACACAUAUCAAUGCCAGAAGGAUCCAGCAAGUCUCGACGAAAUAUGCACUACGGUUCGCAUGUCAGUAUUGAACAUAUGACCAAACUAAAGCGGAGUAUCAUACAGAUCGAUAAUUCUGAUGACAGUAUGUGUUUAGCACGUUCCAUAGUUGUAGGAAUGUGUUACGCACAAAAAUCAGACAGUAAUGAAUGGAAAAAACGAUGGAAUGCGAUACGUAAAUCCAAAUUAAAGUUACAAGAGAGAGAAGCGCAAACAUUACUUGACAGUGUUGGGAUUAAAUACAACCAGGCCUGUGGUAUAGAGGAGUAUCAGAAGAUACAGGAUACACUGUAUCCUGAGUAUAUUAUUAAAAUUCACGCUCAGCAUGCGAAAAGUGACUUGUUAUUUACUGCACCCAAAAUGACAAAACAAAGUAAAGUAGUUCAUGUUUAUUUUCACAGCGGACAUUUUGACACCAUUAUUUCAAUAAAAGGAUUUUUAGGGUAUAGUUAUUAUUGUGAAUACUGUGGUGUUGGAUAUAAAUGUAAAGAGCAGCAUAAAUGUAAUCAUAUUUGUGAUUGUUAUUCAAGCAAUAUAUGUGAAAAAGGAGUAAGUGUACAAUGUAAAGAAUGUUACCGUUGGUUUCGUAGCGCGGAAUGUUUUCAGAAACACAAAGACAUGCAAGGCAAAAGUAAAAAGAAUAUUUGUAAAUCUGUUUGGGUUUGUAAAACAUGCGGUCAGAUUGUAGUAGGCACAAGGAAAAAUCAUCUUUGUGCAGGUGUUAAAAAAUGUAAAUAUUGUAAAAAGAUUGUUGAGCCAAGUCAUGAUUGUUAUAUCCCAAAAUAUACAUCCCCUAAAAAAGAGGAACUCCCAGAUGUCCCUUUUAUUUUUUAUGAUUUUGAAUGUCGAUUUGACACUGGAGAACAUAUCCCAAAUUUCUGUGUUGCACAGCGGGCAUGCGGUGAUUGUAUUAGAAAACCGCUCAGUGAAUGUUGCAUGCGGUGCGAUGAAGUCCCAGGAGGGAGGGAAGUUAUUUUUCGCGGUGAUCAUACGUUAUCUAGCUUUUGUACAUGGUUAUUUAACCCCAUACAUAAAGGUGCGACGGUUAUUGCCCAUAACGCCCAGGGUUAUGAUGCACAAUUUAUUCUCAGGUAUCUCGUUACACACGGUACAGUUAAACCAAAACUUAUAAUGAAUGGAAGUAAGAUUAUCAUGAUGGAAGCUCAUGGAGUUCGUUUAAUCGAUUCUAUGAGCUUUAUUAGUAUGCCACUAGCAUCAUUCCCUAAAACAUUUGGACUUACUGAAAUGGCAAAAGGAUGGUUUCCUUUUUGGGCUAACACCCACGAAUUUCAGGAAUACGUAGGUCCAUACUUACCCUUAGAGUAUUAUAAACCUGGAAGUAUGAAACCAGAAUCACGAAAAUACUUUUUAAAAUGGUAUAAUGAGAAGAUAAAAAAUGAAGAGAUAUUUGACUUUCAAAAAGAAAUGGAGAAAUAUUGUAGAUCAGAUGUAGACAUUUUAAGACGUGGGUGUGGUGAGUUUCGAUACCAGUUAAUGAGCAGUGAUCAAAUAGACCCCUUCCUUGAGGCAUGUACCUUAGCACAAGCCUGUAACAAAGCCUGGCGAAAAAAUUCUAUGCCAGAAAACAGCUUUGGUAUCAUAUCAGAUGCAGGGUAUCCAAACAAAACACGAUACUCAAUCAAAGCUAUACGGUGGAUACAAGGUAUAGCGUAUAAACAUGAUACAAAAAUCCAGCAUGCUUUGAAUGGUGGUGAACAACAAAUAGGUCCAUACUUUGUCGACGGGUUUGACAAGGAAAGAAAAACAGUGUAUGAGUUCUUAGGCUGUUGGACGCAUGGAUGUAAAGAAUGUUAUCCCAAAAGAGAAACAAAAAAUCCGUAUUCAAUGCAAACAAUGGAAACAUUGUACAAAAAUACAUUUAAAAGAUUUGAUGUUUUACAGCAACAAGGAUACAAUAUUAGAUAUAUUUGGGAAUGCCAGUUUAAUAAUUCAUACUGCACAUGA